CCCCCUCGCGCUGCUGUCCAGUCAUGGAUCGCGCCCAGCAGAUCUCCGCUCAUCUCAGUCCUGCACACACUGCCCCCAAAGAUAUACUCAUCGUCGGAGCUGGUGUCUUUGGUCUCGGCACUGCGUAUGCUUUGGCACAGAGACCCGAGUUCAGCAAUACCAAAAUCACUGUUCUCGAACGCACAGACUUUCCUGCCCAAGAUGGCUCCUCCGUUGACAGCUCACGAAUCAUUCGAGCCGACUAUGAAGAUUUAGUAUAUGCGAGGCUGAUGGAAGAAGCCAUGCCGUACUGGAAAGCUGAGUUUGGUGCACAAGGCCGUUUCACGCAGUCCGGACUCUGCCUCGUUUCCAAUGGCCAGGGGGGAAGUGCAGAGACUUUCCUCCAGGGAGCACUCACCAACGUGACUGAAAAACUAGGUCUCCGCAUCGGCACAGAUGUCACCGUCUUUGACAACGAAGCAGACGCCCGCAAAGUGAUGGGCACCAUGGGUGGCUUUGUGGGAGACCGUGGCUACGUGAAUUGGACAUCGGGCUGGGCGCAUGCGGAAAACGGUAUCAAGUAUAUGAGAGAGAAAGUCGAUGCGCUCAACCGGGUCCACUUCCGGACGUCAGAAGUGUCCCGUCUGCUCUUCAAAGGCGGCAAUGAAGUUCUCGGCGUGGAGCUGAAAGACGGUUCCCACCUCACAGCAGAUCUGACGAUUCUUGCCACAGGAGCCUGGACCCCCAAACUCAUCGACACGAGAGGUAUCUGCUCCGCCACCGGCCAAGUCCUCACCUACAUCGACAUCACAUCCGAAGAGCAAGCCCAACUCUCCCAACCCGGCCAGCCCGUCAUUCUGUGCGAAAACGACGGCCUCUUCAUCAUCCCGCCCACGGGAAACAAGCUCAAAAUCGCUCGACACGGCUAUGGAUACGCCAACUUCGUCACCAUUCCCCAUCCCGAGCAACCCAACGGAGGAGAAGAAAUCACAGUCUCCCUCCCUCGAACCAAACUCGACGACCCCACCAUGUCCAUCCCCGCAGAAGGCCAAACCGCAUGUCGCAACUUCCUCCGCGCCGCAAUUCCCCGUCUCGGCGAUCGCCCCUUUACAGAUACGCGAAUUUGCUGGUAUACGGACACUCCGACGGGCGACUGGCUCAUCACCUAUCAUCCUCGAUAUCGCGGACUGUUCAUCGCGACGGGAGGCUCGGGACACGGAUAUAAAUUCUUACCGAUUAUUGGCGAGAGGAUUGUGGAUGUCUUGCAGCAGCGCGAUCGGGAUGCUCUGGGGAAGGAGUUGAGAGAGAGGUGGGCUUGGCCGGAGAAGAGGCAGGAGGCGGAUCAUGUGUGGACGAAUGAUUGGAGAGGUGGAGGCGAGGAGGCGAAGGGGAUGGUUUUGGAUGUGGAGAUGAGGAAGGGAAGGGAAGGGAAGUGAAGUGAAGUAAAGUUGUUGUCUAAUUGAGGGCUUGAGGAAAGUAUAUUUUGAGCCCUAUACUUCCUAUAUAGACAUAGAGCGGUUUGGUAUGUGAUCUGCACUUUAA